AUGGAAGAGGCUGUCUUACUUAAUCAAACUACAUUUGUGACAUAUUUUCGACUUAGAGGUUUAUCUGUAAAUCAGAAGGUUCAAAUGGCUGUAUUUGCCAUAUUCCUUGUUUUCUAUGUCUUGACACUGAUUGGGAACAUCCUCAUUGUUAUAACUAUUAUCUAUGAUCGCCGGCUCCAUACUCCUAUGUAUUUCUUCCUCAGCAAUCUGUCCUUUAUCGAUGUCUGUCACUCUACUGUCACUGUCCCCAAGAUGUUGAUAGAUACCUGGUCAGAGGAGAAACUCAUCUCCUUUAAUGCUUGUGUGACUCAGAUGUUCUUCUUGCACCUCUUUGCCUGUACAGAGAUCUUUCUUCUCACUGUCAUGGCCUAUGAUCGGUAUGUGGCCAUUUGCAAGCCCCUACAGUACAUGACAAUAAUAAGCUGGAAAGUAUGUGUGCUACUGGCUGCGGCCCUAUGGGCAGGGGGGACCAUCCAUUCCAUAGCCCUGACUUCCCUUACUAUCAGGCUUCCCUAUUGUGGUCCUAAUGAGAUUGACAACUUCUUCUGCGAUGUACCUCAGGUGAUCAAAUUGGCCUGCACUGAUACCUACAUCAUUGAGAUUCUGAUUGUCUCCAACAGUGGACUGAUCUCUGUGGUCUGUUUUGUGGUCCUUGUGGUUUCCUAUGCAGUCAUCCUGGUGAGUCUGAGGCAGCGUAUCUCUGAGGGUAGGCGAAAGGCCCUAUCCACCUGUGCAGCGCACCUGACCGUAGUCACUUUGUUUCUGGGACACUGCAUCUUCAUCUAUUCCCGUCCAUCCACAAGCCUACCGGAGGACAAGGUAGUGUCUGUGUUUUUUACUGCAGUCACCCCCCUGCUGAACCCUAUCAUCUAUACACUUAGGAAUGAAGACAUGAAGAAUGCCUUGAACAAAUUAAUGGGGAGGCCAGAAGGGAAAGAAAAAAAAUGA